AUGUCGAGGAACGUUUCAUUGCCUAGCACCACUGAAUCAACUAAAAACAAACGAGUGGUAUCAUCACAAUUACGAUUAGCUCAACUUGAAAGUACUGAGGCAAAUAAUAUAACAUCAUCGUCGUCUCCCGCCAAAUCAGAAUCAGAACUGCCCAAAUCAAAGAUCCCUAAAACCAAAGCAAUCAAUAGAAAUAGCGGUGGCGAAAGAAAACACAAAUCGUUUAAUGAUUUCAAUUUAGAUUUUAGCAACACAUUUAACUUGACAGGUGAAGAAACACCCUCGUAUAUACCACGAGUGCCUACCCGACAACGAGAAAGUUCAAAAGACUUUACAAAAACACAAAUUUCAAAAGAAGAAUUGAAAAAAGCUGGCGAGUUGACGUCUAUUUUUCUAGAUACACGGAAACUACUAAAUGCUGAAUACAAUGUUAUUGAUCAGAAAACCGACAUAUCAGGCAAGACAGGUGAUGGGAGCAUUGCAUCAAAAAUAAAGAUUUCGCGUGGGACCCUAAUCAGAGCAGAGAAAGUCAAAACCACCCUUGCAGUCAAGUAUUUAUACAUCCAAAGAAUUUACGAGUGGGCCGAGAAUCAUCAAGAUAAUAAUGAGCAUCUAGGAGUUGAAGGGGUUUACAAUCCACUACAAAUUCUAAGAAAUCGAAAAUUGAGAAAUAAAUACAAUGAACAUGCACAGGCAAUAAUAUCCAUGCAAACCAUUCCCUUGGCAUGUAACGUGUUUAGUAAACAUAAUGCACAUCACAAACAUGAAAACAGUGCUAUACCUGGUCACAGAAAGAAACAUUGGAAAAUGAUGUGGGCCAUUGAUUUGAAUGAGUUUGUGGGAGAUUCUCGCUGGCGAGUGAACUAUUGGCAUGAACUCAGAGAUGCAAAGGGGAAUUUGUGGUUCCCAAACCAUGCUCAGACGCCUGAAUAUUCUGAAAAAGAUAAAAGCAAAUUAUUUGUGUUAAGGAAUCAUAAGCAUCAUGGAAAGCAUGGUGAAAUUGAAGCCUCACACAAGACAACAGAAAACGAAGAAGACCAGGACGAAGAAGAAGAAUCAGGUAUUGAUAUUGCCAUUGAAUCCAGAAAUCACAAUGGGGUACCUUCCAAUGAAGGCUCGAGUUCAGAUAGUGAUUUUCAUAAAUUUCGUAUUACACGUUCGAAAUCACCUCAUAAAAGAAAGAUUAGAAAGAAAAUGAAAAAGUUUUAUAUUGGUGGACCUGGGUCUACUGGUAAUGGGAAUGCAGGCGAUUCUUCCAGCUCAUCUAAUGUGGUAAAUGAGAUUGUUCCGACAGAUACAACAAGGAGUGGGACAGUAGCAGACCCCUUGGCAAGGCAAAUGUUCAAAAAACUUCCACCACUCACGCCAGAAGACGAUGAGCUUGAUUUACCAGCAUCAGAAGUUUCAUUGCCAAAAAUUAAUAUUGAACCAACUAGUCCUGCUCCAAACAUAAAAGGUACAUUUUUUGACGAUGAAGACAAGGAUGAUAUCAAACCUUCCAUUAAAGAAGUUGAGUUUUUACCCUUUGAGAAAAGAGAAAGCACGAGCUCACAUUCACACAAUCGUUCUAGCUCUGACCCUGAUGGAGUAAUUCUUGAAGAAGAAGAUACUGAUAACGAGAUAACCAAUCGUGACAAAAUAGAAGAAAUAGAUCAAGUCAAAUGUGCUGUGAUUUUCGAUGAACGGGAAAUGGAAUUUCAAAACAUAGUUGCAAACUUGGAAUAUUUCCAUCAAUUCAUGAACUUGCGAACCAACUAUUUAACAAUGACAUAUCCUCGGUAUUUGGAACGUGUAGAUGGGAAAGUUCAACAUAUUACAAAAAAGUCGGUGUACGAGAUUUUAUUAUGCAUGUCGCAAAUCAAUGAUGAACAUUUACCUGCUUAUGAACAAUUGUAUCUUGGAUUUAUGGAAGAGAUAAAAUCAGUCAUUCAUAUGGUGAAUGAUGUAUAUUCGGUCAAGAUUGAUACGUUAUUAAGUUCUAGUGAUAGAUCUAUCUCAGAAAUUAAUGCUUCUUUGUCUCUUGAUUUGAGAAAGAUUACUGAGAAACUAGAUCAAUUGGAUUUCUCAUUGAAUAAGAAUAUCUUUAAAAAGGCCAUACUGAAAAGAAAAGGUGAACAUUCUCACAAUGUUGGUUUGAUUUACAAGAUUUUGUAUUCGUGUCUUGAGAACAUUAUUGUUGUUUUGUUGAGAGUAAUAUGGAUUGUGGUGAACAUUUAUAAAUUUUUGAGAUAUAUUGUGAAAUUGAUUUUUAGAAUACUAAAGUUUAUAGUUUGGUAG